AACGAGGAGGAGGAGGAGGCGGCGGCUGAGGCCCGGGCAUCGCCCUCGCCGCCGCCGCCGCCGCCAUGGACGACCAGGGCUGCCCCCGCUGCAAGACCACCAAGUACCGGAACCCCGCCCUGAAGCUGAUGGUCAACGUCUGCGGGCACACGCUGUGCGAGAGCUGCGUGGACCUGCUGUUCGUGAGGGGGGCCGGCAACUGUCCAGAGUGCGACACUCCUCUGAGAAAGAGCAACUUCCGUGUGCAGCUCUUCGAAGACCCGAUUGUCGACAAAGAGGUUGAGAUUCGAAAGAAAGUGUUGAAGAUAUACAAUAAGAGAGAAGAAGACUUUCCGACGCUGAGGGAGUACAACGACUUCCUGGAAGAAGUGGAAGAAAUCGUCUUUAACCUGACCAACAAUGUGGACUUGGACAACACCAAGAAAAAAAUGGAGGCCUACCAGAAGGAGAACAAAGACGUCAUUCAGAAAAAUAAGCUCAAACUGACACGGGAGCAGGAGGAGCUGGAAGAGGCUCUCGCGGUGGAGCGACAAGAAAGCGAACAGCGGCGACUGUUCAUCCAGAAAGAGGAGCAGUUGCAGCAGAUUCUGAAACGGAAGAAUAAGCAAGCUCUUCUCGAUGAACUGGAGAAUUCGGAUCUGCCGGCGGCCCUGCUCUUGGCUCAGCACAAAGAGAAGUCGAACCAAGUGGAAAUGCCCCUGGAGAAACCAAAAUUAGUCAAACCAGUAACGUUUUCCACUGGCAUCAAAAUGGGUCAGCACAUUUCCCUGGCUCCUCUUCCGGUGCUGGAGGAGGUUCUGUAUGAGUACCAGCCACUGAAAAUAGACACGUAUGGACCACAAAUUCCUUCGUUUGACCUGCUGGGAAGGCUCGGAGUGAACGGGGCCACUUGGUGGUCACGGGUGUUCACAAACGCCCACCAGCUGGAGAAGACGGAGGGUCACCACCCUCCUCCGUGGCCUCCACGCCUCCCUGGGUCGACGGACGCCGUCACUCUGUUCGUUCUGACUCUGCCCGACUGCUCAGAACUGGGUGUGCAGUCGCCCCCGUCGCCAGUCCCGCGAGGGUUGAGUGGAGCCUGCCGGCAUCAGCGGAUAUGA